AUUGCUAACGGAGCUAGCCGGAUCCUCCCGAUUAUAGAAACACGGCUGAACGUGGUCAUGUUGCACACGGUAGGCUUCAUUUCGUGAAAAAGCCCGCUUUGGAUUACCUUCCUCGGUACAAAAACGGGAAGAGGGACUUGUUUUUUUGGCGGACUAACAAAGCCGGUUUGUGAGUAUUGCAAAUCUGAGCAGAGCGAGUGAACGUUAGCUGGCCUAGCCGGACUCGGGAGCUCGUCUCCCAAAACAAGAAUGGGGUCUAGGUCCACUCGGAUUAGCUUGCUAGUAAAGUGACCUUUGAUUGUAUUCUUUGAUGGCGAAUUUCACGAAUUACCAGGAAGGUAAGGCAGCGAUGUUGAUGGUGGAGACGCAGCAGAGGGACGUGGGGACGAAAUCUGCGGCCGCUGCCACCGCAAACGGGGACGGCUCGGUCGGGGAACCCCCUUCCCCGUUAAUUAAUAUCAGCGGCGGUACAGGAGGAGGAGGAGGCGGCUCUCGUUUCCAUCUACCGCCCUCCAACCACCUCCACCAUCAGCACCUCAGCCACCAUCAACAGCAGCACCACCACUACCAACUGGCGCCGCAGCAGCAGCAUCUUUCCGGGGAAAACAUCGCAGAGUCCCCGGGCAGGAAAGCCUCCUACCAGGUACACGCCGCCGAGGACCCCGCCGCUGCCGCUUCUCCUGCCGCUUGCAGCAGCAGCAGCAGCAGCGGCCAUGUAUACGCGGCUGUGAAUGUCGCCAGUACCUCGGACGUUGUGGAUGAUAUUCGCAAAUGUGGCUAUCUGAGAAAGCAAAAACAUGGACAUAAGCGUUUUUUCGUGCUCAGGGCGGCCAGUCACCUCGGGCCAAGCCGCCUGGAAUACUACGACAGCGAGAAGAAAUUCAGGAACAGCCUGCGCUCUGCUGCCGCGGCCGCCGCCAGCGGUGGAGCGGUCGCCCCUUCUCCCCCGAAAAGGGUUAUUUACCUCUACCAGUGCUUCACGGUGAACAAAAGGGCGGAUUCCAAAAACAAACACCUCAUUGCCCUUUAUACUAAGGACGAGUAUUUUGCUAUUGUGGCUGAAAACGAGCAGGAGCAAGAGGACUGGUAUGUAGCUGUCAGUGAGUUGAUGAGUGAGGGUAAAAAAGGGCACUUGGAUUCAGAUGAUUUAGAUGAUGGAUAUGGUACUGUAACUCCUGGUACUGUUUUUAAGGAGGUGUGGCAGGUGAAUGUGAAACCUAAAGGACUGGGUCAAACAAAAAACCUCACAGGUGUUUACCGGCUAUGCCUCUCUACUAAAACCAUACACCUCGUAAAGUUGAACUCUGAAACCCCAUGUGUUAACCUUCAACUUAUGAAUAUCAGACGUUGUGGACAUUCUGAAAGCUUUUUCUUCAUUGAAGUGGGCCGUUCCUCCUCUAUCGGGCCUGGAGAGAUAUGGAUGCAAGUGGAUGACUCUGUUGUGGCCCAAAAUAUGCAUGAGACCAUACUGGAGACGAUGAAAGCCUUGAAAGCUUUUGCAGAGUUCAGACCAAGGAGUAAGAGCCAAUCAUCCGGCUCUAACCCGAUGCCAUUUAUCACAACGCGGCGCCACCUGGGCAACCUGCCACCAAGCCAGACCGGACUGCAGAGACGGUCGAGGACAGAGUCUGUUGUCGGCACGCCACCUUCAAGUAAAAGCUCUGGUGCCAGCGGCUAUCGCUUUCGAACAUCUAGUGAGGGCGAGGGGACGAUGAACCGACCUUUCCGCUCCGCCACAGGAAGUCUGGUUCACCUUAACUCAACACGUGCCCACCAUGGUCGCCAGGACGGGGCAGGGAGCAGCAGUGGAGGUGGUGUUGCUACAGGAAAUGCUGGCACGAGCACAGGAAGUGGGCGCUACGUCAGAGCCAUCCCUGGCACAUCGUCCACCUACCACGCCCGCUCCGCCUCGCUGCCAGUCUCUCAUUUCCCCUCAACCACCAGCCCAGUAAGCGUCUCCUCCAGCAGCGGCCACGGCUCAGUCUCUGACACCCUCACACGCCCUUCAAGCGCUUCAAUAUGUGGCUCACCAUCAGAUGGCGGCUUCAACUCCUCAGACGAGUACGGCUCCAGUCCUGGUGACUUCAGGUACUUCCGGGUGAGGAGUAACACACCCGACUCUUUGGGUAAUACCCCACCAAUCAGAGAAGAGAACUGUCUAAAUGAUUACAUGGCCAUGGGCUGGAACAGGGAGGUUUUUGGCACCAGUGGUGGCUCUGGAAACAACAGUGGAGCUGACACGCCACGGGAUGAAAGCACAUCAACGACAGAGGAUGAGCGCUUAUCUUCUUCAUCAUCACUAAGGAGGAGGACUCACUCAUUCUCCAGACCUGCUGGCGGAGCGACUGGUGGCUCUGGGGUGGCGGUUUACCAGAAAAUGACCCAGACCAACUUCUCUUUGGACGAAGGCUCGGAUGUUGUGUUACCAUUUGGAAGUGGGCUGCUCCGUGGUGGGCCGUCCUCAUCCUCUUCCUCCCUCCGCUCUGACUACAGCUCCUGCUCUGAGCACAGCCAGCAGAGCCGUCCUUCUACGCUCUCCCGGACGGAGGCCAGCGGAGAGCGUCCUCCCCUCUCCUCUUCGUCUGCCAAGGAAGACAGCGGCUACAUGCCCAUGAUGUGUGGCGUGGCUGCAUCGCCACGGGACACACCUCCUGACUACAUGCCUAUGCAACCCAGUUCUUACUCCCACCCCAUCUCCCACUCCCCUCAAUUUCACAGUCCAGCUUUAGGCCCCCGCUCAGCUCACCACCACCCACAACUCCAGUCACAAUCCUCCACGGACUCUCACGGCUACAUGAUGAUGCUCCCAGGUGGCAGCGGCAGCUCUCCCUCCCCUGGUCAGGCCUCACCAAGCCCACACAGCAUGGCAGGUGCCAGCGGGACUGAAAGCAUAGCUGAAAGACCAGAAAAUGGGGAGUAUAUGGACAUGUCAUACAGCAGUUGUGGGGGGCGUAAGUUCUCAAACGAAGGGUAUUACACACCUGGCACACCUGAGAGCACGCCAAAGUCUUACAGCCCCUAUUUCUCCCUCCCUCGCUCCUAUAAGACCCCCACACGAGAGAGAGAUGAGAAAGAGUACGGGGAGUAUGUUCCUAUGAGUUCUCCUGCCAAACCUGUCUUUUCAUCAGUUGCCACACCUGAAAAAAGAAGUGGGGCGAGUAGCAGCACCUCCACUCCUUCUCACCCACCUCCGCCUUAUGGAGCUCACCAUACGACAGCAGCAAUGACUGACAGACGUGUAGUAAGGCCUAACCGUCUCCCUUUAGGUAGGAGAAGUUUUCACGGCCCUCUACGGGUCAGUGAGCCUUCUACAGCAUCUACAGGCACCUCCACCUCUGUGCCUGCCACUGUCAGUUCCUCAGAAGGGCCUUCUAGUCCUGGAGAAUACAUCAACAUUGAAUUUGGGGAUCAUUAUCCCCUCCAGCAACAGCCCCCUGCUUAUCCUCAUUCAAUAGAAGAUGAAACACCUUCCCUGGGGUCCAGCGAUCACCGCCACUCCCCUCCACAGCCCCAAACUCACCAGGACUACAUGAGUGUGGAAGUGGGCGCAGAUCAGCAGGACAGCGCUGGAUGUCUGGGUAAAAACCAGUCCCCCAGACCCAGCCUUGUCGCCCCCUGGAACCCACCUAGCUACAUCAGACCCCUGGCUAGCAAUCCUGGGGCGCUGGCCUCCCCUGGAGUCCCAACUGGAGGUCACUGGAGGUCCAUGGGGGAUGACUACACAGACAUGACUUUCAACCUAAGCAGAGGUGACAGGGCGCAGACAAGCCCCACAGCCAUGCUGCAGCACCUCUGUGUCAUAGAGGGACAUUACGGCCACACCACCUCUGCCUCUUCCUCAUCUAUUUCCCCUCCUCUUCCUCCGUCGAGCCCGAGCAGGGUGUCGACACACCAACCAGAACCAAAGGUGGUCCGGGCUGACCCUCAAGGCAGGAGAAGACACAGCUCUGAGACAUUCUCCUCCACCUCCUCCUCUAAUUCUACUCCUUCUGGAGGUGGCCCAUCAUCCUCCUCCACUCACCCCUCCCAAGUCAACCCCUUAGCCUCCAAUGGUUCUUACCUACAGGAGGGACAGGCCCCCAGGUGGGCCAGUUCAGCAUCUUUUGACAGUGUUUGGGUGUCAGUGGAGGGUCUAGGGGACUCGACAGCCCACCACGCCCCCACGAGAGCUCUAGAGAUGGGCUCAACCUCCGGGACCUCAGCCUCCUCCUCCUCGUCGGGGGUUGGAGGAGCUCGAAUGUGCAGGAACAUGUCUGUGGGUUACCAGAAUGGCCUGAACUACAUUGCCUUGGAGCUGAGGGAAGACGGGAGUAACACGGGAGCUGGUAGCAGCAACGGGAGCUCAACGGUGGCAGCAGUGGCAGCGGCGGCGGGGACAGUGCCUCUGCCGGAGAACGGAGCCUACGCCAGUAUAGACUUCACCAAAUCUGAUGGAGUCACUACAACAACAAAGGACUGAGCAGCGAGACGGUAGAGGUUCUCCGCCCUCCUCCUCCUCCUCAUCUCUCCGCUCGGGGAACUUGACUUUGCCUGUGACCCCUCGGCCUCCCCCUGCCACCGGUGACUUCUGACCUCCUCACCGCUCCCUUCUGGAUGCAGAAAACAACAACAACAUCACAACAGAUGACAAAAAAAGCUUGCAGUUUUUUUAAAGUGUAUUUCAUUUUUUAUUUUGUUUGUUUUAUAUGCAUAUCUUGUCCUGUUUCUUUUUUUUUCUUUUUUUUUUUUUUUUUAAACAUUUCUCCCUUUCACAAUCGAUGCUGCCAGUUUGCGCUGCUUUUUCCUCCCUCGCGUUCAACAGACUUAUUUGACAGAGGGGACGUCAGCUGAACCCUAGAUGGUCUUAUUUUCAGAUGCUUAUCCAUGCGGUAUUUAAAAAAGGGAGGCUGGAUAACUAAGCAAAGGCAUUAUGGUACAGAUUUUUUAUAUUGAAUUUAAUUUAAACUAUUUUUUCCCUUUAUUAUAAUUUUUUUUAUCCCUUGCAUAAUACAUCCUCAGAACGUUACCAAACAGUUAUUAUUACUAUGUUGACAGAAUUGAAUUUGAAAUGUUUUUCUGAAUGGAUUAAUUCCUUAAACGGUACAAGCUCGUGGCUGGAUCCAGUUUAACCCUUAAGUCGACAAAUUGCAUUUCACAAAUACCCUGAUUUUUCCCAUUCUUGUCCAAGUUUGGUACGCUACACUACCAGACUGUUACCCUUUGGACUACAGUUUUGCUUGGCUGAAUUGAGCUUGUUUAGAAACUUGUGUGGGGAAAACAAUGUUUUGGUGCUUGGCAACUCAUGCAGUGGGUAACCAAAAGGCAUUAUUCCUCAUAGUCUGUAGCACAUUAUUUAUUUUAACAAUAGGUACAAGUGUUCUGGUACAUUUCUUUGUCUGAUGGUACUCUGCAGGGCGAGAAGGAGAAUGUCGGCCACUAAUCAGAUGCUGGAAUUUUUUCUUAGUCCACCUCCUGCACAAGCGAAUUUGUCAGACUGAUAUGUUCAAGAGAAUAGUUUGGCAUUUUUGGAAGUAAACUAUUCUGUUAUUUUGCAUAGAGUAAGACGAGAAGAUUGAUGCCAUACAUGGGCAUGUACAAUAUUUGAAUCUACAGCUAGCAACGGUUAGCUUAGCUUAGCUUAGCAUAGAGUGAGAGCAAGGAUCGUAAAACACAAGCAAUAGUACCCCUAAAGCUCACAAAAUUAAGAAGCUGUAUUUUGCUUUUUACAUGCAUUAAGAACCUUCACUCAAAAAGUGAAAUUGUACAUUUUGUUAUGGAUUUGGUGCAGAAAUAUUUCCUGAAAUCAAUUUGUAACACCUAUACUGCUGCGCACAAGUUUCCAAAAGUACAUUUAUGGCACUGAAACUGAGAUCAGCUUGCUGUGUGCCCUUGCUAAGCCUUUCUGCAGAGCUAGGCUAAAGCAGACAUUGGAAGAAGCUACAAAUUAAGUUUUUUAACCCCAGAGUGGUACAGAUCUUCUCAACUUGGAAAUGCACAUUUCUGUCAGUUUUCCGGGCGUGAGACGAGAAGACUGAUACCAUACAUGAGUGUCUGCAGCAUUUGAAGCUAUUGCUUGUAGCCGCUUAGCUUAGCUUUGUGUAGCUUAGCAUUAAGACUUGAAGCAAGGGUAAAAUGGGUAACGUGCCUCUGCCCAGUCAUGGAAAAGUGCCCACAAUUGCAUAUUUAAAGCUCCUUUUGAAAAAGCUGUGUCGUGUAAAUGGAAUAAAAGAAGUUUUACUUGUUGCUGGAAUGAUUUGUGGAUAAAUUUCCUCAAAUCUUUUGGUCAAACAUCACUUUUGUUUUUGUACAAGCUAAAGAUGCUGACGCACAAUCUUUGUUCAAGAGCUCAAGAAUUGAUGAUGGUAAAUUCUGUGCCCUUCAAAUGGAGCACUGCUAGCUGUUUCCCCUUGCUGAAAGACUUUUAGCUUAGCUAACCUAGCCAUAGCCACAGUUUGAAAGCUAUUGUUUUUGAUAAAUAAAGGUUAAGCUAUUCUCAUUUUGGAAACACACCAGUCAGUUAGCUUGCUGAGAUCAAGACAAGAAGAUUGAGACCAUACAUGUGUGUCUGCAAAUAUUUAAAGCUAAAGCUAGUAGCUUAGCAUUGUUUAGCUUAGCAUCAAGAAGCAAGGGGAAAAGAGCUGGAAUGCUUCAAAAUUUACAUUUAACAGCACUUUAGUUUUCAGAGUGAAGUUGGGGUUUAUUUUUAAAUUCUGUAUUUAACCCUAAUGAUCUUAAGAAUUGCUGAUGGCUAAUUCUGUUAGCUUUAAUCCCAGCUAAGUUAGCUUUUUCCUUGCUGUGAGUCUUUUUGCGAAGCUAAGCUAACAAAGCUGCUAGCCUUAAAUACAAUCAAAAUGUUAUAUCACAUUGGUAGAGAUCUCAUCGAACAGAAAGCAUUUUGCAUUAAUUUUUCCAAAAGUGUUGAGCUAUUCUAUUAAAAACAGCAAGUACAGGUGUAUAAAACUCACCUGUUUAAAGCCAGUGCAUGAAAAACUUAUUUUACCGCUCUGCUGCGCUAAGAACUGGUUCGUUAACCAAAGCCGUUAGUUAAAUUUAUAUUUCUUUUACAUUUCAGUUUUACCUCAUGCGGUCCGUAGCACAGAUCAGGCUUUCCAUAAGCGCUGGCUAGUCGCCUAAUCACAGCUUUUCUCACUGUUGACUCAAAUAAACAAGUUCUGGCAAAAAGUUGA